GUUAAUCUUCACAUUUUUACUUGAGUUUAGAACUAAAAUGUCCACCGGAAGGAAAAUUUUAACAAUUUGUUCACAGCUAAAAGAAAUAGAAUCAAGAGUCAAGGUUGUUUGUCCCCAGCUUGAAGUUGUGCAUGUUGAUCCUCCCCUUCUACCUAUAGUUCUUCAGCAGACAGAUUAUCUAAUUGCAGACUUCAACCAUUUAGCUCCGAUACUGUUUGAGAAUCCUGAUAGGCUUAAGUGGGUUCAAGGUACAUGGGCAGGAGCAGACUACCUUGUUAAACUCGUUGCUGCUGCAGACAAACUUCCUGUGAUAAAAGUUUCCAGACUGACCCAUCCGACCUUCAGUCAGCUUAUGGCUGAGUACUGUGUUUCUGCUGUUAUUAACAUAGAGAGGGGGUUUAAACAGUGCCAUGAACUUCAGAGACAGAAAAUAUGGGCUGGAGAUAGAUUAAACAAUUACCGAAGCCUGAAUGAGUUAACUAUUGGUAUUCUUGGAGUAGGUGAAAUAGGGAGUUCUUGUGCUAAACUACUCCAUGGAUUUGGCUGUCAAAUCAUUGGCCUUGUCAACUCUCCCAGGUUGCCAGAUCAUUAUGUAUCCAAGUAUUACUGCCUGAGUGAGGUAAAGGAACUGCUUAGGUCUGCAGAUUAUAUAAUCAACGUCCUACCUUCUACUCCUCAAACCAACAACAUUCUUUCAAAUGAUGUUUUGAGUGCAUGCCAGGGUUCAGGAUUUAUCAAUAUUGGGAGAGGAAAUGUGUGCACGGACCAAGAUAUCAUCAGUGCUCUGAAUAACGGAUGGUUAAAGGAAGCCUAUCUUGAUGUCUUCUCGGUAGAACCUCUUCCGUUGGAUUCAGGAUUCUGGACUCACCCUAGAGUUACAGUUACUCCUCAUGUCGCUGGUAGUUCUCGUGCUCUAAAGAUAGUUGACAGUUUUAUGUACAAUCUGUUUAUAUAGUUACUCCUCAUGUCGCUGGUAGUUCCCGUACUCUUGAGAUAGUUGACUGUUUUAUGUACAAUCUGUUUAUAUAGUUACUCCUCAUGUCGCUGGUAGUUCUCGUGCUCUAAAGAUAGUUGACAGUUUCAUGUACAAUCUGUUUAUAGAGUUACUCCUCAUGUCGCUGGUAGUUCUCGUUCUCUUGAGAUAGUUGACUGUUUUAUGUACAAUCUGUUUAUAUAGUUACUCCUCAUGUAGUUGGUAGCUCCCGGACUCUUGAGAUAGUUGACUGUUUUAUGUACAAUCUGUUUAUAUAGUUACUCCUAAUGUCGCUGGUAGUUCUCGUGCUCUAAAGAUAGUUGACAGUUUUAUGUACAAUCUGUUUAUAUAGUUACUCCUCAUGUCGCUGGUAGUUCCCAUACUCUUGAGAUAGUUGACUGU